AUGGAGACGGUUCUGCUGUUGCUGCUCCUCACAGCUCUGACGCCCACAGUGUCCUCCCAGUCGUACACCUUCUACUUUGUUGCUGAGAACAUGAGCUGGUCGAAUGCUCAGACGUACUGCAGACAGCAUUAUAUUGAUCUGGCCUCCGUCCUUGACUACGCUGACGUAGAAGAGGCACUGGGAUCCAUAGAUCCGGAUUACUAUGCAAACGUGUGGAUCGGACUGUAUCGGCAUGGUCCCACUGAUCCCUGGCUCUGGUCGGACAGCGGCACGUCCACAUUUAUACCGUGGGGUCCAGGACAGCCAAACAACUACGCCAACAGUCAGUACUGUGUGGAACUGGAACGCAACUGGGUACUGAAUGAUCUGAACUGCAACACUAAACUGAGUUUUGUCUGCUACAAAGAGCGCAGCAAACAGACGGCAAAACUGACAGUCAAAUCCAGUCAAAAUCUGACUGAUCCGGCUGUGAAGACGCAGAUUCUCCAGAAGAUUGAGCAGGUGAUGAAGGAGAAAGGAUUAAUUAAUUAUCUUAAACUUGCCUGGAAAACCCAAUCUGAUGGAGACGUCUUUCAGAAGAGCCCGCAGAAAGGAGACACUCCACACAUCUGCUCCUGAGGAAACUACAAAACCAGUUGCAUUGAUUUACUGUGGCCAGAUUAAAAUACAGUAAGAAAUAAUGAACGCGUUUUGACGUAAUUAUGCGAUUUGGCAUUGAUCUAUGUUUGAUAUGUUUACUGAAGUGUAGCACAGCUGUGUUCAAGUUCAACAUAUUUAAAGGAAAAUAAAUGUACAAGGUGCAUUAA